AUGUCCGAUCAUAAGGACAAGUAUGAUCGCUAUAUGAUUGUGUGGCAAUGUAAGACGUGUUCCAAGAAGAUCAAUCGACCCGCACACGAGUCUUCCUGCGGUAAUCUCCUUGCGCACGCGGCUCGAUGCUCAAAGAAAGCAAGCAAUCCCUCAGGUCACAGGACCCUGGCAUCACUUGGCGUAUCAGGAACAGGUGAUAUCGAUCCACGGGAGACUGAUGUGUUUGAGUUCCCUCAGGUUUUGCAACGAUGUGUUGUCUGGUGUGCCGAGUCAGCGAAGCCGUUUUCAGCCUUGGAAGAAGACAGCAUGAAGAGACUGCUGCAUCCAACAAUCUUGAAGAACCUUCCGAACCGAAAGAUGAUUUCACAAGGUAUUCAUAUGCUCUACUUAUGUGUUCAGGAGAAACUAUGUGAAGAGUUAAAGAUGCAUGAGGGGGCCCUAUAUUUGGGUGUUGAUGUGUGGCAGUCACCAAACGGAUACGAUAUUAUUGGCACAGUGGUAUAUCGACUUGUGGACGAUGGCGCUGGCAAUGCAAAAUUGGACGCCAUGCCCCUGGACUUUGUGCAGCUCAAAGAAAGGCACACAGGCGAAUACCUGGCGCGCAUGAUAUGUGGUAUUGUUUCCGACAAUGCAAGUAACAACGAGACGAUGAUUUCAGAGUUGGAAAGUCUCAAUUGGAAACGAUUUAAGGGCGAGGAGCAGUGGAUCAGGUGCUUUGCACAUAUCGUCAAUCUUAUUGUCAAGGCCAUCCUUCGACCCUUCGCUCGGAAGAAAUCCCAUGGCACGGCUGAGUAUGAUGAGUCUGAUGAAGAAGAAGAGCAUGAACUCAUUGAGAGAUUCAAUGAAGAGAAAGAGAACAGUGACUUGGACGAUGAUGCCGAUAUCCACACUACACCUGAAGGAAACAAUGAUCCAGAACUUCCCUCGGACGAUGAACUCACUCUGGCCGAUCUUGAGGAUCUCGAACCGGAAGACUCCCGAGAUAACUAUACUUCUGACUCGUGCCGCCAAUCCCUUGCCAAGUUCCGUAGAAUUGCAAUGAAACUGAGGAAGUCACCGAACUCAAAGGCGAAAUUCAUCGAGAUUUGUCAAGAAACUGAAUGCAAGAAGCCCCACACUAUCAAGCGUGAUGUACCGACUCGGUGGAACUCGACAUACCUCCAACUCGCAAGUAUUGUCCGAUGUGAGGAAGCCAUCAUCAUGUGGCAGCGUGAUAAGCAGUUUGGCAUACCCCGCAAUUAUCACCUCCAACAAGAAGACUUCGACCUGGCCGCGGACUUGGUUCAAAUUCUGCUACCCUUUUACGAAAUCACGCUUCAAUUAUCAACCAGUGCCUCAGCCCGGCUCGCCGACAUCGUCGUCAUGAUUGAUCAAAUCACGUCCAACCUUGGUGCUGUGAUUGCAAAUCAGGUUCCCGACCGAGAUCACCCUCCGGCUUUACGAAAUGCUUGUCGCGCGGGCUACGCAUUACAAACAAUUCUCCAUCCCUCAUUCAAGGACGAAUACUUUAAGUUGGCCAAAUGGCCUAAGGAAUGGAUCGAUGAGGCAGUUAAGCUCACUCGCGAGAUGUACAAUAAGUGGUACAAACCUCGAAACACGGAAUCAGCACCAAGAUCAGCUGCAAACGGACAAGCAAGGGUCUCGGUGAUGCUGCUGACGCUCAAAAGGCGGCCCCCUCAAGUGACCCCAUCGACCAAUGGCUCACUGGUCCCCUGUAUUUGGAAGAUCGGCAACCGAUUGAUGCCCUCAAGUGGUGGGCAGAGCAGAAACGGAGUGGAAAUCCACAUCACGGCCUGGCAUAGAUGGCCCUUGAUGUCCUGUGUUGUCCAGCAACAACGGUUGAUGUAG